GAAGUGUCACAUGUGUCAACCAAAGUCCUUCUCAGUGUGUAUCAGGCCAUUUUCAGACCGUUCACUGACCGAAAACGACCGUAGGGAUGCGUUUUCAGGAGUUAAACGGCUGAUUUUCAUUUACGUUCAUCUUCAAAUGGUUGUGUGACGUGUUUAUUAUGAAUACGGUCCAUCUGAAACUUAGGCACCUGACGUUGUUUGUGAAAGGCCAGGCUCCUUCUGUUGCUGUCCCGUCACUCGCAAGCUGUGGUUCUGCUUCGCAUCGGAGUGUUUUCCAGUUUUUCAGGACAAUGGCAACUUUUAUUAAUAAUAACAAUAAUAAUGAUAACAUUAACCCGAACACCAGGCAGCUGGUCGGUCCGAAGAAAGCAAAGCAGAAGGAGCCGCUGCGGAGGAUCAAAGCCAGAGAAAAGAGGAGUAAACGAGGAGACGUUCACGGACCAUCCACUGUGUACCUGCAGGUCGUCGGUGCUGGAAGCAGAGACAACCCUGCGUCACUCUAUCUAUUUUCCGAGUACAACAGGUACCUGUUCAACUGUGGUGAGGGAACACAGAGACUCAUGCAGGAACACAAGCUGAAAGCUGCUCACCUGGACAACAUCUUCCUGACCAGACUGAGCUGGGCGAAUGUGGGAGGUUUAUCAGGGAUGAUAUUAACCUUGAAGGACAUGUGUGUCCCUGAGUGUGUCCUCUCUGGACCUCCACAGCUGGAGAACUUUCUUACUUCAAUCAAGUCCUUUUCUGGACCCUUGGAGCACAUCAAGCUAUCAGUUCGACCAUACACUGACGAGACAUAUGCAGAUGGCACAAUGACGGUUUAUCAAGUGCCAAUAUUCGCUAAGCUGGGGGGUGACGGCAGAAGCCCUAGCUCAGGCAGCGGCAGCCCCCCUAGAAGUCCUGCUUCUAGAGACAGCAUUCAGGCAAACAUCUCAGUUGAAAAUCCAGGUGAAAGACAAAUGUUGGCUAGGGAUUCCUCUUUGGUGGUUUCUUUCAUAUGCAAGCUUCACCCCAAGAAGGGGAAUUUCUUAGUGACUCAGGCCAGAGAGCUGGGUUUGCCUGUGGGCACUGCAGCUAUCGGUCCACUCAUCGCAGCUCUGAAGGAUGGAAAAACCAUAACGUAUGAAGACAAAGAGAUCCGGCCUGAGCAGGUUUGUACUCCCACCGACCCAGGCCCCGUCUUUAUUGUAGUUGAGUGUCCAUCGGAGAACUUUGUUGAAGCUGUUUGCACCAAUCAGCAAAUGAGAAGGUACCAAACCGGAGGGACCGAGGACCCUGCUGUGCUGGUGGUCCACAUGACUCCAGAGUCCAUUUUGAAAGCAGAUCAAUAUCAGGAGUGGAUGGAGAGGUUCCCAUCCACAACAGAACAUUUGAUUCUUAAUGAAGAAACGUCAACAUUUCACAACAUCAGAAGUUACAAGAUUCAAGCCCAACUGAAUAUGAUUCACUCAGAGAUCUUCCCACAACUAAAAACUUAUAAUAUAAGGGAGCCUCAGGCUGCCUUGCGUGUUGCCAACGUCAGAGCCGAGUGUCUGCUCAAGUUCCAGCUCAGGCCCGUAAUGGAGUGGCAAAGAGAUGCCAUCCCCUCCUGCAACAACGAGGAGUUUGUGAAAGAGGCUUCUGAGAUCCCUAACUUUCUGCAAGAAGUUGGGAAGUGCAAAAAGUUCUGCUCCACUAACCCUGAGGAGCCUCCUGCAGAAUGUGGAAAACAGUACCCAGAGGUGGUGUUCUUGGGGACAGGAUCAGCGCUUCCAAUGAAAACUAGGAACGUCAGUGGCACUUUAGUCAAUAUCAGCCCGAGUCAAUCGGUGCUGCUGGACUGCGGCGAGGGAACCUUCGGUCAGCUCUGCAGGCACUAUGGCGACGGGGUGGAUGAUGUGCUGUCCAACAUCUCCACAGUCUUCAUCUCACACUUGCAUGCUGAUCACCACACAGGGCUGCUGAAGUUGCUGUAUCAGAGAGCACGAGCACUGACAACUUUAGGAAAAGAAUUCAGUCCCAUCUACCUGUUCGCUCCUGUUGAGAUCAUGAGAUGGCUCAGUCAGUAUCACCACCACUGUGAGGAGAUCCUCAGCCACAUUAACUUCAUUCCUAACAGAAUUAUGUGCGAUGACGCGGAGGCGCCCAAGCAGAGAACAAAGUCGUUCAUCCAAGCUGCGCUGAGAAUGAACGACCUGCAGAAGUUCCAGACAUGCUUGGUUCGUCACUGCAGGAACGCCUUCGCCUGCAGCUUCACUCAUCAGUCGGGCUGGAAGCUGGCCUUUUCUGGAGACACCAUGCCCUGCGAUGCCUUUGUGCACAUCGGAAAGAAUGCAACAUUAGUUAUCCAUGAGGCCACGCUGGAGGACAUGCUGGAGGAGGAAGCCUUAGAGAAGAGACACAGCACAACCUCCCAGGCCAUCGGCAUCGGCAUGAAGAUGGACGCCGAGUUCAUCAUGCUGAACCACUUCAGCCAGCGCUAUGCCAAGAUUCCCCUCUUCAGCGAAGACUUCAGUGACAAAGUGGGAAUAUCGUUUGACCACAUGAGGAUUUGUUUAGGGGACUUUAAAAUCCUUCCCAGACUUAUUCCUGCACUUAAAGCCCUCUUUGCCGAGGACAUCGGCGAGAUGGAGGAGAGAAGUGAGAGGAGAGAGCUGAGAAAUCUGAGAGAAAGCGGGUGGGAGGUGAACGCUGGGCAGAAGACGACUGCAGAGGUGGCGACGGGCCGUGCUGCUAAACGAGACCAGGAGGAGGCAGCACACAACGUAGAACCCACCAAGAGAAUCAAAACCAGCUGAAGUAUUUGAACAGCAUCUUAUUUAAACCUCAGUUCAGAGAAAAGAGCAUCCUGAGUUGUCUUAUUUAAAUGAACUGUGAUUUUUAUUUGGCUUGUGUUGCUUGAUAGAAGAGUAUACCUGUAUAUUUCCUGCACUGAAGUGUGUAAUGCUCCAUGGUUUUGUUUUUCAAUAAACCGAUUAAGGAAAUAACACAGAUGGGUUAUAUACAUUAAUACAUAAAUGAAUUUGAUUUAGG